AUGAAGGCACUCCUGAUCUUCGCAUUGGCUGGAAGCCUCUUCAUACAGCCAACCGGUUCACUCAAGUGUUACACGUGCAGCACCCAGGUCAGCAACAACAACUGCAAGGCACCGGUAAACUGUGAUGCAACUGCAAAAGCGUGCAAAACGGACGUAAUCGCUGUCGUGGGACUUUUCAACGUCAUCUCGAAAGAGUGCACUUCAAAUUGUGAUCCGCACUUCAAGGACUUCACUGUCGGCAAAAGGAACAUUACCUGCUGCACCACGGACCUCUGCAACGUCAACAAGGCCCACAGCUUCAGUACCAACUAUGCCCAGGUGGCCUUGGCUGUUUUUACCAGUGUUGCGUGCAUCUUUCUCAAAGGCGGACUGUGA